CCAUCCCCAUCCCCAUUAAUGGAUCCAACCUCACACCUCUUACCUCCUCGUCCUUACGAUUUUUUUUGUAGAAACGAAAUUUUCCCAGAAAAUCGAACGACGAUGAUGCCCAGAUUCGACUGUUCAUCCAAAGGCAAUUUGCAAAAUGGUAACGCAUCUUUGUCAUGGCAGAUAAAUGAGGAGAGAGAGAGAGAAAGGUAGAGAGAGAGAAAAUGUGAGCUGUGGGCUGUGGCGAUUGCCCAAUGGCCUUCCCAAAAGCCACACCCUUUCCUUUUCUUGCCUUUCGGUAACUUAUAUAACACCCAUAAAUUCUGUUCCGCCAUUUUCGUUUCCUUUUUUCCUCAACGCCGCCGAUAUUCCUUCUCCCCCUUUGCUUCCUUCCUGCACCUGCAUUCUUUCCAUCUUUUCUCUUGGAUUCAUAUAUUGUUGCUGAUUAUUCAAGAGGAUAGAGAUAUUAUUUAGGGCUGAAGAAUUUGGGGUUUCUGUUAAGGUCCAUCAAUGGCGACUUAUCAGCUGAUUAAGGAAGCUAGCGAUGAAGGAACAUUGCAGAAAAGGGGUAGGGAUUGUACUCUGCGCAUUGAAGAUGGUACCGACGGUGACAUCGAGACCGCAUUCCAGAAAUUCAAUCCAUCGCCCUCUCCUCGCGCCAAAAAGCUCUUUGAUUCUACCGGCGGCGGCGCUGCCGCCAGCAUUGCCAAGUGUUCUCCGUCUCCGCGCCUUGCCUCGCUCGAUGUUUUCCGUGGCCUAACUGUUGCGUUGAUGAUUCUGGUCGACGAUGCUGGCGGAAUCCUGCCGAUGAUCAAUCACUCGCCAUGGAAUGGCUUAACCCUCGCGGAUUUCGUCAUGCCGUUUUUCCUCUUCAUGGUCGGCGUUUCUCUCGCACUCGUGUACAAGAAUUUGUCUUGCAGAGCUACGGCAACUAGAAAAGCCGUGUGGCGAACGGUGAAGCUUUUCGUUCUAGGUCUUUUUCUCCAAGGUGGAUAUUUCCAUGGUCUUAAUGAUCUAACGUUCGGCGUGGACAUGGAACAAAUCAGGUGGAUGGGGAUAUUGCAGCGAAUUGCGGCUGCUUAUUCGGUGGCUGCAGCCUGUGAGAUUUGGCUCAGGAACGACGAGAAAGUUUCUUGUGGUUUGUCGUUGUUUAAGAAAUAUCAACGACAAUGGACAGCCGUCUUCAUGAUUACUUCGGUUUAUCUUAUGUUGUUGUAUGGUUUGUACGUCCCGGAUUGGGAGUAUCAGCUUCCGUUCGGAGAUUCUGUUGGAGCGACAACCUUCAAGGUGCAAUGUAGUGUGCGGGGCGACACUGGACCUGCCUGUAAUGCUGCCGGAAUGAUCGACCGUGCUGUUUUAGGGAUUCAGCACUUGUAUCGCAAGCCAAUCUAUGCACGGACAACUCAAUGCAGCAUCAACUCGCCAGACUACGGUCCGCGUCCUGUUAAUGCUCCGUCGUGGUGUCAAGCUCCAUUUGACCCUGAAGGAAUCUUAAGCACACUAAUGGCGAUCGUCACUUGCUUGAUCGGUCUACAAUACGGGCACAUUAUUGUCCACUUUAAGGACCACAAAAACCGACUUCUGUUGUGGCUGGCACCGUCGUCCUGUCUUAUAUUCUUUGGCACGUUAUGUGACAUUUUCGGGAUGCACAUAAACAAGGCCCUAUAUUCGUUUAGCUACACUUUCGUAACUGUUGGCGUCGCCGGGAUCGUACUGGCUACAAUUUAUCUCUUGGUGGAUGUGUACGGAUGGAGCCGGUGCACGGCAGUGCUGAAAUGGAUGGGAAUGAAUGCGCUGAUGAUAUACAUAUUCAUCGCGUGCAACGUAUUACCUCUGAUGCUGCAGGGGUUCUAUUGGCGCCAUCCUCACAACAACAUUCUAAGUCUGAUUGGAAUCAGAAAACACGGCGGUUGAGCCGAACUGGGUUUUGUUACGCUCAUGGUUGGAAGUAUAAGAGAGGCAGGCAGGCAGGCAGGCAGCCAUUGUUUUGAUGGCGGUUAGAUUAGAUUGUUACAUCUGAGGAGAUACCUGUAUGUAAUAUGUUGUUCUUCUAGUGUAGCAGUCUAGUCUAGUCUAGGAGUAGUAGUAGUACUAGUACAAGAAGAUAAUACUGCCAUUGUUGUCCAGACAGCAGAACUUGCAUUAUAUAAUUAAUGUAAGGAAGGAGGCUGGCUGCCUUGCCUUAUUGAUUAAUAUUUUUCAUUCCCCAAUCAA